AUGUCACAGGAUAUAUUUAAACAAAGAAUCGAGGAUGAGAAUAUUGAAGACACAACUACCAAGGAUUCAUUAUUCAGGUUCUUUUGUGACCAAGAGUUGGAAGAGUCUCACGGUCACGAGCUCAUUGAUCAAAUAGUAAAGAUUUCUCGUAAUCCCCCAUAUUCAAAGAUUUUAUAUCAAUUAUUAAUGGAGUAUCCUGACCAAUUUAUUAAACGCCUUGAAAUUAUGAAUGACCAAGCGGCUAUUAUAAUUACCAAUAUUUUAGGUAUUAAUAGCGAAUCUGAAGAGAUAAUGCAAAAGUUGUAUUCCAGCUUAAGAUGGAUCAUGAAGUCACGUGUUAAUUUGCCAUUCUACUUACAGGUAUAUAGCUCUUUGGUAACUCAUUCUGAAGUCACAAAUCCAGAGCAUCUAAACCUAUUUUUAACAUUUGUGGACGGACAAAAUGAAGAUGUUCACCGUGGAGUUUUGGUGUUGGUUAUACAGAACUUGCAACUACAAAAAACGAAAACAUUAAACGUAAUAUCAGAGUAUCUAGAAAUAAUUAUGGAUGAAAACGAACUCAGUUACGGCAGCUUUGUUAAUUUUGUAUCUGUUCAAACCAUGUGUUUCCCUAUUAUCCCCGAAAUAUGUGCCACCAUUUACCAGGAUGACAAAACAAGAAACCACUUGUUGCAACGCAUAAACAGCAUUAUCAAGGGUGAGGACAUUCCUUUAGCUUUGCCUACUUUGAAAUUGAUUACAGCCUCAUGCAUUAUUGAGAAUUGUCGAAAUUACACUGUUUCCAACUUUCUCAAGUUCCUAACACAGGGGUGUAAAAUCAGUAAUAGCAAAAUCCAAGUUGUUUCAAGUGUAACUAUCAGUAAACUAUUGAAAUUACUCGAAGUUGAAAAGAAGGAUUCUGAGAUAAGUGUUAUACACUUAGCUGAAAUUUUGAUAAAUUAUUUCAAGCAUGCCAAAGUUUUAGAUGAAUACGUGGAAUACUCCGUAGAGGGGUUGAUGUAUUUGUCAUUGUACUGGAAGGUCAGAGAAUUAAUUAGAAUGGAUGUAAACUUAAUCAAACUAUUUCUUGCAAAGCUCAAAGAGACAUCAACAGAUUCCACCAAUAUUAAUACGUCAUUUCAAUAUGGAGUGUUGUCAAUUUUCUCAAAUUUGACAAAAACAAGAGAUACCAAUGACAAAGAAUCAAAUUCAAACACUAGAAAUCGUUUAAAAACAGCAGCAAGUCCUAAAUAUGGAUCCAAUAACGAACAAGAAAACCAAGAAGGCAUUACUUUAUUUAACCGAGAACUACUUAACGAUAACAAAAUUGUAUCCACUAUAGCCUCGUUAAAGUCUUAUAAAUCAGGUUCAAAUAAUUCACUUUCUGAAGUAAUCAAAAUUAUAUACCACUUGUCAUCAGAUCAAAGGAAACAGGUCCGAAUCGAAUUGGUCAAACAAGGUGCAUUGACUAUAGUGUUAAAUUAUUUAAUUAAUUUCAGUGAAAUGAAACGCCACGGAAACUUAAUAAGAGUCCUUCCUAAACCACAAGACGAAAUAGUUCAACAGUGUCGUACUUACGCUAAUAGGUCGUUGGCAAGAAUGUUGAUUGUUGUUGAUCCUCAAACUGCGUUUUCCAAGUACGAUUCACGAGUUGCUAUACCAUUUCUAAAGGAAUUGUUGGGUCCAGAUAUAUCCCAAUAUCAGGGAGGUGAUACCGAUUCUUAUCUUCACGACAUGUCAUUAUUGGAUCAUUUUGAAUGCUUACUAGCAUUAACCAAUAUAGCAGCCACAGCCAAACCAGAGCUUAAGCAUUACAUGGUUACACAACUAUUUGAUUCGUAUUUAGAUAACUUUAUUAUUUCAGAAGAUUCGAAAAUUCGAAAAGCAACUUGGGAAUUGAUAGCAAACUUGAGCACAGAAGUUCCUCUUUUAGUGAAAUUCUUUAACUGGGAUGCCGAAGCUGCCAGAAAGCGAUUCGGCUUAUCGAUGCAAUUGCUUCAAUCAGGGGAAGUGAGUUUACAGGCAACCAUUGCUAUUUUCUUGUUGCAUUCUACAGAUAUUGAUCCACUAGCAGCACAGAUUGUGUCUGACGACAAUAAAUUCAAUACUUUCAUUGACAUAAUAACGGACAUUUUUUCGACUCAAUUGAGUGAAAAAAGUUUGAUUUUACCAAUGGAAUACGUGCUAUUAAAUUUAGCAAUUGCUGCUGGAAAUCAUUCUAAAACGAAUUUCUCCACUUUAGCUUCAAAUACAAAAUUGAAAGAUUGUUGCCGAGAUAUACUUCGAUCCGGAGGGGAAGAAGAACGAGAAGUAAUAAUGGAGGUAAUCAAAACUUGUCAGUUUAAAUAG